AAGACAAAAAAAUUAGUAGCACAGCUCAUAUCGAACAUUCUGCGACAUCAAUUCGGAUUAGUUUUCUUGAUAUCCUAUUUAUGGUUGAUUAAUAACUGCUAUAGCAACAUGGCAGCAGUCGCCAAACCGGUUGCGAAACGCUCGCCGCAAGGUCUCGUCGAAGACCGCGAAGCCAAGAGACGCAUCACAGAAGCAAUAGAAAAAUAUGGACACGGAAAGGCAGUACAAAUGAAGAAAAUUAAAGACAAAAAACUCCGAGGAAAUUUGAAAAGGGUUGAAGACCGAUACAAAACAGCUGCACUGCGCGCCAAAGACGCGGAAAUUCUGCUCGAGAACGAGUCCGGAUUCCUAGAGCCCGAGGCAGAGCUUGAACGAACGUACAAAGUCAGACAGGAUGAAAUUAGGGAAAGUGUUGGAAUUGAAGUGGCUAAGAAAGGCUUUGAAUUGAAAUUGGAUGAACUUGGGCCAUAUCGUGCAGAUUAUACGCGAAACGGCAGACAUUUGCUGUUGGCCGGAAGGAAAGGUCAUGUCGCAACAAUGGACUGGCAAGCUGGAAAAUUGGGAUGCGAGCUACAACUUGGAGAGACAGUUCGAGAUGUGAAGUGGUUGCACAAUAAUCAAUUCUUUGCUGUGGCCCAGAAGAAAAACGUUUAUAUUUACGAUCACGCCGGUGUUGAACUUCAUUGCCUCAACAAACAUGUCGAGGCCAAAUACCUCGAAUUCCUUCCAUAUCACUUUCUCUUAGCUAGCGCUGCCAACAGCGGUUUCCUCAAAUACACAGACACCUCCACAGGCCAGCUAGUUGCCGAACUCCCUACUCGAUUAGGCUCUCCAACAGCACUAUGUCAGAACCCCUGGAAUGCGAUUCUUCACGUGGGCCAUCAAAACGGUACGGUUACUCUGUGGUCACCAAAUUCACAAACUGCUCUUGUAAAAGCUCUUGUACACCGCGGUCCAGUACGAUCAAUGGCUAUCGAUCGACAAGGUCGGUACAUGGUUUCUACCGGUCAAGACAUGAGAAUGAAUGUGUGGGAUAUACGAAUGUUUAAGCCAGUACAUUCAUACUCUUGUUACCAGCCUGGAUCGAGUGUUGCAAUCAGUGACCGCGGCCUUACGGCGGUGGGAUGGGGCACACAAGUCAGUGUUUGGAAGGGACUUUUCGAUGCCGCAGCUGCCGACGCAGGAAAAGUGCAAAGCCCAUAUAUGGCAUGGGGUGGUGAUGGACAACGCAUCGAAACCGUCAGAUGGUGUCCGUAUGAGGAUAUUCUAGGUGUCUCCCACGACAAGGGCUUCGCUAGUAUAAUUGUUCCUGGCGCCGGAGAACCCAACUUUGACGCUACCGAAGUGAACCCCUAUGAGACUACCAAACAACGCCAAGAAGCUGAAGUCAAGGCAUUGUUGAACAAACUACAACCUGAAAUGAUCUCUCUAGAUCCAAACUUCGUCGGAAAACUCGAUCUAAUCAGUGAUAAGAAACGCCGAGAAGAGCGUGAGCAAGACAACAAGCCGAAAGACCCGAUAGAGAAACUGAAGAACCGUGGGCGAGGACGCAACAGCGCACUCAGGAAAUACCUUCGAAAGAGAGGAAAGACAAAUGUUAUUGACGAGAAGCGGCUCAAGGCCGAGGCUUUGCAAAGAGAACGCAAUUCUCAACAAAAUGAGUCAUUGCAGAACCAGCGAGAGGAGCUUGGGCCUGCACUUGCGAGAUUUGCUUCCAAGAAGGAUGUAUAAAAAAGCAUGUCUAGUUCUCGUCGCUUCGAUGAUACCCAAAUGGUUCUGUACAACAUGGCGUUCUUAUAUAUUGAUCAUUGCAUAGCCUAAUGAGAAUAGUAAUGUCACUGAGAAUUCAU